GCAAACGCCAAUAUGAAUGCUUCUACCGUUUUGAGCUUACCUCCUGAAGCUCUGGCAACUAUUCCGACUGAGGCUGCACCAGCCGGGAUAACAGCCCUUUCUGAUAAUCCAGAAGGCCGUGGUUACGUUCUCAUAACUGUCAAUGCUAUCUUAACCAUUGUAAUGACAAUAUGUUUUGCCAUCCGGAUGUAUACGAGCUUGGUAAUUCGACGACGGCUCACUUGGAGCGAUUUCUUUCUACUAAUCGGCUUCGUAGGUGAAAUUCGACCAAUAAGUUCCAUACAACCAUCUAAAAACUUACUUGCUCAUAGCUUCUUGUUGUAACAUUAUAUAUCGCGGCAAUAAUAGUGGUUAGUCCGGGUGGUACCGUUGCGGCGCAUGGUUGGGAUAUUUCAUUAUUUGAUUUACUGCGUAAAAGAAACAUAGCGGGACGAUACAUACUUGCCAUUAUCAUCAUGCCUGCCUUUGGCUUUGUAAAGCUCUCUAUAUUUCUUAUGUACCUUGAGAUAUUUGAGGCUUUACGCUGGAUGAAAAUUUGCGUUUACAUUGGUGCAACAUUCUGCUCCGCUUUCUACUUAGCUGGCACGGUCCUCUUGUUUUACCUUUCAACGCCUUUUGGCAGUGAAACGUUGGCAACGAUGGUAUUCUCGCACCGGCAAAUCAUGUUCUUGCGUGUAGGUGUUCCAAUGGCUGCAAUUUCGCUGGGAAUCGACAUUUACCUGUUUAUAUUACCAUUGAUUGCGGUGAAAAGUCUGCGUAUACCAACAAAAAAGAAGAUACUUGUGAUGGUAGGAUUUACUGUAGGACUGAUCGCUUGCCUUGGUUCCCUUUUAAGUCUUAUAUAUCGGGUGAUUUUGGUUCGGAGUGAUGAUAAGUCGUGGAAAGGUUCCUCAGUUGUUAUUGCAAUAUUGCUCGAAUUGUUUAGUGGCGUUAUAAUAUGUUGUUUCCCGUCCUUACUCCUUUUUUUCCGCAGAAAUGACGAAAAAUUUGCCAAAAUGGGUGCGGCAAUAUCAUCUUGCUUGUGUUGCACCCGAUACAGGAAGUCAAAUACAACAGUCAAGGAUUCUCAGUACUCAAGUUAUCCUUCCGAACUAACACCGGCUGGUGACCUGAAUCUUUAUCCCAAUCUUGACUUCCUGACAAUACCUGGAGAUAUUGAACGUACCGCCUUGGAAAAACGGAUGGAGAAUAGGAUCGGACUAGAUGCGAUCGCCGCUUGAUAGAUCCUACAUAUUCGCGUAUCUUUUGUUGGUAAUACUGCUGUCAUGGAGCAAUAUAAAUGGAUAAUAGUGUCAUAAUUUCUUCUUCUGCUUUGGCAAAAAUUGCACUGGUUAAUCUCUAAUGGCGCAGAAGUCGCAGGAGGCAACUCUGUGGGAUUUUGGGAAGCUCAGGAAUUUCCUUACACAGUGUUCUGUGGAUCUUGAACACCUCUUCAUUGAUACCUUGAACUCCAGCCUGGAUUUCUCGAGUUUUAAGAUGAGGUAUACAUAAAAGUUUGUUUCGAACAUUUGUGCCUUCGGAGGAUUUUGAAGCACGACAGUGAUUUGUACGAAAACCAAUAUUACUUUUUACGUGGACA